UCGACCACCCAAUAUAUAAGCAGUCCUAGUUGUUACGAUAUGAAAGCUCCGUUGCAAAGUUUGUGGCACUAGACUGGGGUUGAAAAGAAGCCAUGGGAAGGCCUCCUUGCUGUGAGAAAGUUGGCAUCAAGAAGGGUCCGUGGACACCUGAGGAGGACAUCAUUCUUGUUUCUUACAUUCAAGAACAUGGUCCAGGAAAUUGGAGAUCAGUGCCUAUUAACACUGGGUUGUCAAGGUGCAGCAAAAGUUGCAGGCUUAGAUGGACGAACUACCUCAGGCCAGGAAUCAAGAGAGGAAACUUCACUCCCCACGAGGAAGGAACGAUAAUUCAUUUGCAAGCUCUACUGGGUAACAAAUGGGCAGCCAUAGCUUCGUACCUUCCUCAAAGGACAGACAACGAUAUAAAGAACUAUUGGAACACCCAUCUGAAGAAGAAGCUGAAAAAAUUUCAAGCAGGAUUGGACCCCCACAUGGCAGCAAACUCCACGACAACUAGUCAGCUUGUGUCAAAAAGCUUUAAUGAGGGAAGGGAUUCAGAUAUGACGGGAAACCAUGGCUCGUCUCAAAGGUCAAGUCAGUCUGAAUCAUCCACCUAUGCAUCAAGCGCUGAGAAUAUCUCACGCCUCCUAGAAGGUUGGAUGAGAUCCUCUCCUAAGCCAGACACAACCACUCUUCUCAAAGCAAACCAAGACCAGAAAGAGCUUCCGAGCAACAGCAACAUCCAAAAUAGCAGUAACAUGGUGAAUUCUGCUCUAAGUUUGGUGUCCAACCAAACCAAAGACGAGCGAGAAGAGGGCGGUGCUGAUAUGAUGUCCCAUGAAGAGUUUGAUUCCAUUUUGUCUUAUGAGAACCUUCGUAAUACUGCCUGGGACAAGUCCACAGGCGAUUCUAUGCCUCCAACUCAAAAGAGUUCUGAAGCUGCUGCUGUUGCUGAUGACAAGGCUCAUGUUGUGGCUCGUGAUGAGGGGAAUAAGCAAAGAUCUGAGAACACUGCGGAUCCUCCAUUGUCAGUUUUUGAGAAGUGGCUCUUGGAUGAAAAUGUUGGUCAAGUAGAGGAGAUGAUGGGAUUAUCCCUCACUUUCUAACUGAUCAGAGGAUCGAAAAAAUGGAUCCCAGACUGUAGAAUAUGCGUGGCAAUUCUAAAACAUGAAUAGUGUGAUAUGAAAGAGGAGAGAACAAGAAAAAAAAAGAAGAAAAGAAACUUUCUUCUGAAAAGCGUCUAGCAAAGGUGAUGAAUCAUAAGUAGGGGUUCUGAGAAGUUAGGAUCUCUGUCAACAUGCAUAUAUGUAACUUCAAAGUUAUCAAUGAUUUAUGUCAAGUAAGCUUGUAGGUGUUGCUCCUAAUUGGCUUGCCUUCCAGGAA